AUGGCAGGGAGCGGCACGAGUGAAGUGAAGGUCGUGAAAGUGGCGGAGCCCUCACAGCAGCUCAGGUGGGUGCAGCACAUGGUGGGUCAUCACAUGGUGGGUCAUCACAUGGUGGGUCAUCGCAUGGUGGGUCAUCACAUGGUGGGGUCCUCACAUGGUGGGUCAUCAUAUGGUGGGUCAUCACAUGGUGAGCCCAUGAUGCCAGGUGAGCCCAUGAUGCCAGGUGAGCCCAUGAUGCCAGGUGAGCCCAUGAUGCCAGGUGAGCCCAUGAUGCCAGGCUCUGUGCACCGCUCACAGCAGUGCGUGUGUGCAUGGUGGUGUGUGCAUGGUGGUGCGUGUGUGCAUGGUGGUGCGUGUGUGCAUGGUGGUGUGUGCAUGGUGGUGUGUGCAUGGUGGUGUGUGCAUGGUGGUGCGUGUGUGCAUGGUCGUGUGUGCAUGGUGGUGCGUGCAGCAUCGUCAUCUGCUGCUGCACCGAUGGAGGUCGUGCCCGACAGCGAGGAUGAGUUCUGA